CUCGGCGCCCACACAGCUCAACGGUGGCCCUCACGCUCCUCAGCAUGGGGUUGUUUAGUGCUGGAUGCUCUAGCAGCACAUCAAGUACCACCCCCAGCCCAACGACCGCGGCACCGGUCCCCAGCAGUUGUGUGUCGUUGUCUCCUGCUCACCUGGCACACAGUUACGAUCCUGUCAAGGUCACUUGGCAUCAGUCGGUCAACGAUGGUGAUACUAUAGACUUUGUGCUGAAAAGUACAUCUGAUCCUUUCCAGGGCAGCGCCUUCAGGAUACUACUAUCAGCCCUGAACGGGACCAAUGAAUAUACAGUGAACCUUGUGAACCCUCGUGGUGGCGCUGGGUAUAAGGUCAGCUAUCGUACAGCUGACGGUGACGAGGUUUGUUCAACAGACUUGGCCUUCGCUCAAGGUGAAGAUGAACCAGCACAAGCUUAUCUCACAGUCUUCGGUGAUGAUAGUCUCCAAGUGAAUUGGGUCAGCGCCUCAAGUAAAAGAGGUGAAGUACUCUACAGGACGCCCAGCACCACCACGUGGACCCAAGUUAAUGAGACCAGUCCGGCUAGGACUUACAAGGCGCAAGAGAUGUGCAACGCCGUGGCGAUCUACAUCGGCUUCCGCGAUCCAGGAUUCUUCCACUCUGUUACGAUUCCCAACCUAGAGUCUGGGUCGGAAGUUAGAAUCCGGCAAGGUGCGAGCGAGUCUCGCUCUUUUACGCCCCAUCCCAGGAUCCUCGCUGGUGACGCAUCAAGACAUAGUGUGGCAUUGCUCGGCGAUCUCGGUGUCGAUGGUGGCAGCAUGGGAGGAGGUUCACGCGGUGUAGGAACGAUGGAGUUCCCUCCGCCUUACAUCAGUCCAUCGCUUGCUCAUCUAAAGAACAAUAACCGUAUUAGGCUGACUAUGCUCUAUGGAGAUGUGUCUUAUGCGAACGGCUAUGGCAUUGUGUGGGAUCAGUUUGGCGCUCAAAUGGAACAGAGCUUUGCAAUGAGGGCUCCUUUCGUGGCGAGCGUUGGAAAUCAUGACUAUGUCUCUACGAAUAAUCCGAAAGGCUGGUAUCCUGAUUUUGGGAAUUAUAAUCAGCUAGAUUCCAGCGGGGAGUGUGGUAUUCCUUUCGCACAUCGUUAUGCGUUCCGUGAUGGUUCGGAAGAGCCACGGUAUUGGUAUUCAUUUGACUAUGGUUUGGUGCACUAUUCUAUGAUGUCCACUGAACAUAAUUGGCUCAACGGAAGCGAUCAACACAGAUGGCUCGAGGACGACCUUGCCAAUGUAGAUCGCGAGAAGACACCAUGGGUCAUCGUGACUGGUCACAGACCAAUGUAUCAGACUUGCAAGGGUUUCGACGUGGACCAGCAAAUCUCCGACCAUUUGAUUUCGGACGUUGCACCAGUUCUCAGAAAGCAUCACGUUGAUGUUUUCGUUGCUGGUCAUUACCAUCUGUACGAACGCACGGCCGCUAUCGACGGUAUCGUCCAUGUCUUGGCGGGCUCUCCACGCUUUAUCGAGGGCCCUUCUUGUGCUCGCAUUGAAGUGCCGUGGUAUCGAAAAGGUCUUCUGACCCAUGGCUAUGUUGAACUUGAUGUUGUCGAUUCGUCUGUUCUUAACUUCACGUAUUGGUCAUAUAAUUCCACUAUCAAUGCUGUGACGGUUGCUGAUAAUUUUCAAGUCCGUAAAGCUCAAUAGUCGUUCUGGGUCUGUAGGGUCAUUGCCAGUUACAUACACUGGGUUCACCCUCUCUGUGGGAUCUUGGCCAGCGUGGUUUUGCAGGAGCCGUUCUGGUGUUCAAUUUGAUGUUGAGUCUCUCUUUUUUAUUCUUUCGAUGGCGUAGUAUUAUUA